AUGUCAGCAUCACCAAUCGCACGCCAAGUUACUCAAAAUCAAAAUAUACCUUCUAAAAGAAUUGUUAUUUCUGACCCGAAUCAAUUACCAGUAGAUUACUCAUCUACACCAGGAGGUACUUUGUAUUCAACAACACCAGGAGGUACACGAAUCGUGUAUGAACGGGCUUUUUUAAUGAAUUUAAGAAACUCACCGAUAUCAAAAACUCCUCCAAGUGUUACAUCAAUCCCAGCAGAUUUAUUAAAAGGAUUUCCAACAAUUCCUACGACUAAUGUGCCUGUUUGCAAUAAACCAACCAAAGAAAUCACAGUAAUUGAAGAAGUCUCUGAGCAGUUCCAAAUGGAUAUGUAAAGCAAUGAUCUGUAAAAGUGAGAGCUGUGAUUAAGACGUGUUCAUUUGUGGUAUAUUUUUUUCAUUGUCAAUCAUUAAAAUUAAUGUUUAUUAAGUUUAUAUUAAGAAAGUAAUAAGUUACCAUGAAUAACUUUUAUAUGAAUUUA